GUGUGUUCAGACUUCAGUCCAGCGUGGGUCAUCAUGAGUGGAGCCACGGUCAGCGCCGCUCUACUGGGGCUCUUAUUUGUGUGUUUUACCACGGCCCCGCCCGUACAGGAAGAUGUUGAAAUCAGCAGCUUCCACAUCAACUCCACCGUCACCAGCCGCUACGCCAUCACGGUCAUCACCAGCCGGGUAAAAAAUCAACACACAGAUUCCAAGGAAAUCCAUUUUGAGGUCAAGAUUCCCAAGAAUGCCUUCAUCAGCAAAUUCAGAAUGACUAUAGAGGGGAAGACGUAUGAUGGAGUGGUGAAGGAGAAGGAAGCAGCUCAGCAGCAGUACAGUGAUGCAGUCGCUCGAGGAGAAAGUGCCGGAGUGGUCAGUUCAGUGGGUCGGACUCUGGAGGAGUUUAAAACCUCAGUGACGGUCGCGGCUCUCAGUAAAGUCACCUUUGAACUCACCUAUGAGGAGCUGCUGCAGCGACGCCACGGAAAAUACGAUCUACUGAUCCACACUCAGCCCAUGCAGCCUGUAGCAGAUUUUAAGAUUGACGUCUCUAUUAAAGAGAAUCCAGGCAUUUCCUUCCUGGAGGUGAAAGGAGAUCUGAACAGUGGUGAACUGGCCAAUGCUGUGACCACAACACGAUCUGGCGAAGAGGCAUGGAUACACUUCUACCCCACCAGUGAUCAGCAGACCACGUGUUCCAGCUGCACAGAAAAUGGACUGAAUGGAGAUUUAAUCAUAACGUAUGAUGUGGAGAGAACAAACCCCAACGGAGACAUACAGAUAAUGAAUAAAUAUUUUGUGCACUUCUUUGCUCCCGCUAAUUUGAUUCGAACUCCGAAAAAUGUGGUCUUCAUCAUCGACCGGAGCGACUCCAUGCACGGCAGGAAAAUCCAGCAGACCCGGAGUGCAUUGGAUCAUAUUUUGGGAGACCUCGAUAGUGGGGACCACUUUGGGCUGAUCCUGUUUGACAGUAGGGUCGACGUUUGGAAACGCGAACUGAUCCAGGCCACCAGCAGCAACGUGAAUUUAGCGAAGCAGUUUGUGAAAACCAUUCAGGAUAGAGGAACCACUGACAUCAAUUCUGCAGUUCUGAAGGGGGUGGAGAUGCUCAACAAACACCAACGAGAAGGCUCCGCCUCCAUCCUCAUUCUGUUGACUGAUGGAGCCCCAAAUACAGGUGAAAGCAAUCCAGACAGGAUUCGAGUCAAUGUGAAAGAGGCCAUCGGGAAGAAGAUGUCUCUGUACUGUCUGGGGUUUGGUUUUGAUGUUAACUAUGAUUUUCUGGAGAAGAUGGCUCUGGAGAACAACGGAUUCGCUCGCAGGAUCUACGAGGACUCGGAUGCUUCUGACCAACUACAGGGUUUCUAUAAGGAGGUCGCCACCCUUCUCUUAUUCGAUCUUGAGCUCCUCUAUGAGGGAGCGUCGAACCUCACCGAGACUGCUUACAGUAUGUACUACAACGGCUCUGAGAUCAUAGUCGCCGGAGAAAUCACAAACAACAGCCUGGAGAGUUUCAAAGUGGAGGUCGUUGCAUUCUCGAGAAGUAAUAAAGUGACAUAUGCGAAGGAUGUGUCUCUGAAAGCUCUACCUGAUGUUGAACCUCAACAUGAAAACGUUACCCAGCGAGUCUGGGCUUACCUUAAAGUCAAACAGCUGCUGAAAAAAGAAUUGACUCUUACGGGGGCGGAGAAAGAAGCAGCCAAGAAAGAAGCUCUGGAUCUCUCUCUUCAGUACAGUUUUGUGACUCCACUGACGUCUAUGGUGGUCACCAAACCCCAGAAAUCAGACACACAGAUCGCCCACAAACCUGAAGAGAGAGGAGUCAGAGGAGAAGGAGGAAGAGUAGGACAUGGACAAGUAGUACCAAGAGUACCAUAUGGAGGAGGAGGAUAUCAUGGACACCAUUUCUCAUUAGGAGGAAGUAGCAGAUUAGGAGCAGGAAGGGGAUAUGCAGGAGGAGCAACAGGAUCCAAUGGACAGCCAGGUGGAGGAAGCAGAUUAGUAGCAGGAGGAGGAUAUGCAGGAGGAAUAACACACGGAUCAAGUGGAUCAGCAGUAAGCAGAGAUUUCUCCUCCGCAUCGAUAGUUCAAGAACAAGUGAUAUCUGGACUGCUAGGACCACCUGGACAGCCAGGGCUUUCUGCACACCCAGUGAUAUCUGGACUGCCAGAGAUAGUUCAACAACAAGUGAUAUCUGGACUGCUAGGACCAACUGGACAGCCAGGGCUUUCUGCACACCUAGAUUAUCUGGUUGAUUAUGGUAGUCCACCUCAAUCAAGGCCAACUAGGAUCAGCAGCACUACAUCGAACCCACGCCCUACAGCUGCAGUGAAGUCCGUGAGGUUUUUAAUCUCCUCUAGUGGUCAGUCUAAGCCUCUCUGCUUUGACGUUCCUUCAGCUUCCAAACUCCUACUUCUGAAGGACCUCUCUUCAGAAUUCUCUAUGAGCGGUAAGCUGACCCAAUCCGGGACGGGUUUCGAUCAAAUUGCACUUCAUUAUAAAACGGAUCAUCACCUGAGCGUCAGCACCGCUGAUAUCAUCUUCUCUGACGGUCAGAAUACGUUCAUGCUCCUUUGGGGGCAGGAACUCACCGUGCAUCAGGCAGACGGUGUGUCGGUGAUUCUGAGGGACAGUGAACUGGACGUCACUUUGGGAGGAGUGCGUGUUGUGAUUCUGCUUCAUAAGGAAGGUGGAAAUGUGUUUCUCUGGCCUGCUGUUCGUCAGCAACCCAAGCAUGACAGCUUACAGGGCAUUCUGGCAAAAACCAGCCUGCAGUAUGAGGAGCUCCCUGGAUUGAUAAUCAAAAUCAGUGAUCAGGAAGAGGCUGCAUCCUUGAGCGCCGCUAAAGACUACAGACUCUCUUCAGCCCCGAUUGUUGGAUGCUGGGUGGUACGGCUGCAGUUUGCUCUGCAGGGAGAGCUCUCUGACUUCACUUUGGCUCAGCUUUAGAGAAAACAUCCUUUUUUCCAGAGCGUGAAGAAAGAGAAAAGAAUCAGUUUUGGUUGAAAAUAAAAUGCUUUAAUGUUAGAAGCUGGAAAGCAAUGCUGGUAUAAACUGUAGAAAGAGACAUGUGAGUAGUGCUGCUUUACGCUUAAUGUUUGAACUGGUGAUCUGUCUGUGAUGAGUGACGUAAAUUACAGUAAACUGUAAAUUAGAGCUGAACCACAAAUUAUAUUAGAGUAGUAAUUGGUCAAGAUGUUUGUGGAUAGGUUUGGUAACGUGUGAAUGAACAAAGUUUAAUGUAACAAUAAAAAAUGAAAUGGCAAAAUCUCAAAA